AUGUUCUGUACAAAUUCAAUAAUUCGACAAAAACAUACAAAAACUUUGUUAGAUUUUUAUCGUUUUAAAUCAGCUUUAAGAACACACAUUUUGCCUAAAAGUAAAUCAAAAAAUGAUAUUAUUCUCUCCAAAAACAACAAUCGUUAUACAGUAACAGCUUUGCCUGGGGAUGGAAUUGGACCUGAGAUGCUUGGACAUAUUAAACGAAUAUUUUCUUCUUUAAAUAUUCCUGUUGAUUUUAAUGAUGUUGAAUUAAAUUCAAAAGACCCGACAGAUGAGGAAUUAGAAAAGGCAAUAAAUGCUAUACACAAAACUGGGGCUGCUUUGAAGGGAAAUAUUGAAACAAAAUUUGACAAUCCAGAUUUUAAAUCAAGAAAUAUGGAACUUCGACGUCGACUUGAUUUAGAGAAUACUGAAGGAGAAUAUAGUGGGCUAGAACAUGAACCUAAACCUGGAAUUGUUGAAAGUUUGAAGAUUGUAACCCGACAUGGAAUUGAAAGAAUAGCUCGUUAUGCUUUUGAUUAUGCUGUUUUGAAUAAUAGACCAAAUAUUACUGCAAUUCACAAAGCAAAUAUUCAAAAAUUGGGAGACGGUCUAUUUUUGAAGGUUUGUAAAGAAAUUGCUGAUACCGAAUAUAAAUCGAAAGGAUUACGUUUUGACUCUUUAAUUGUUGAUAAUGCUUGUAUGCAAUUAGUUAGCCGUCCACAACAAUUUAACGGGGCAAUUUUACUUAUGCCAAAUCUUUAUGGAAAUAUAAUUUCAAAUAUUGCUUGUGGUUUGGUUGGAGGGCCGGGACUUGUUUCUGGAAUGAAUAUUGGGGAGGAAUAUGCUGUUUUUGAAACGGGGACCAGAAACACAGGCACAUCUUUAACUGGUAAAGAUUUGGCUAAUCCAACAGCUUUUAUACGUGCAGCUAUUGAUAUGUUACGUUAUUUGGGGUUGGAUGGUUAUGCAGAUAAAAUGUCAGAUGCUUUAUUUAUUGCUUUGACUGAACGGAAAUUGCAUACACCCGAUAUUGGGGGUACUUGUCACAGUUCAGAUAUAGUUAAAGCUGUUAUUGAAUUGAUGCAAAAAUAA